GCAAUUUGCACUCAUAUGAAAACCAGUUAGGAAGCGAAUCGGGCGUGUUUCGGCACAGCGCAUCGGUUGCAUUCGAAUGCUACAACUUCUACUGCAUCAACUAAGCAGCUUAGACAGAGAGCAGAAAACUGCAAAAUUUAAGUGUUAAUUUCGUGCGAAAUAAUUAAAAAAAAUUCACUCCUUGUUUAUAACGCGAAAAAUCGACGAGUGAAAAGUCGGUGUCGAAAUACGCUGUCUCUUGAAACGUGUCGUGUAACCGUGAACGCAUCGCUGAAGUGGGUGUGCGAAAGUGUGUGCGUUUUGCAAAAAGAAAAAACAAAACUUUCCGAUUAAGAUAUAUUAAAAUAUAUACAUACAUACACAUUGUAAACGAUGUCACUAAUACCGUUCAUACUUGAAUUGGCCGAUGAGUUGCAUGAAUUCAAUCGUUGCCUGGCCACCGGUGGUAUGGAUGUCGACGACUUCGGUUUCGGUAUCUAUCCGCAUGAAUUGCAGCCGCAGCAACAGCAGCAGCAGUCACCGCAGCAACAACAGCAACAGCAGUCGCAACAUCCACUGCAACAGCAGCAAGCACAGCAACAACAUUUGUCGCCGCAGCAGCAGCAGCGACGCCCACGCACGCUCUCCCAGUUCUAUUGGUUGCCAAAUAUAAGUAAAAGUCGGCACCAUCCCUACUAUCGUGGCAAACCCUGCUGCAACAAAACUCCCAUACAUUUGGUGCACGACCAUCAGCUGGAGAAGGAAUCAUCUUCGACUGCUGGAGGCGGUGGCGGCGGCGGUGGUGUUGGUGGCGUCACCAAUUCUGGCUCCACGACCGGCAUAACGGUGGGUGACAAGGAGUCGACGACCACUACUGCUGGUGCUCAUGCCACAAACUCAUCGAGCUCAUCCAAUGCGGCUGGCAAUUCGUCAGCUGGUAAAUCCGCGUAUUCGGUGGUUAAUAAGAAUGGCUUUCAAGUCAGCAUGAAUGUGAAGCAAUUCGCACCCAACGAAUUGACCGUCAAGACAAUCGAUAAUUGUAUCGUCGUCGAGGGUCAGCACGAAGACAAGGAAGAUGGGCAUGGCGUUAUUUCGCGACACUUCAUCCGAAAGUAUAUGCUGCCGAAGGGAUAUGACCCGAGCGAAGUGCUUUCAACAUUGUCCUCGGAUGGAAUUUUGACUGUUAAGGCGCCACCGCCAGCACUGAAGACUGACGAGACUAUGGAACGCAUUGUCGACAUACAGCAAACUGGCGGAACGGUACAAGUUCAACAGAGCGCUGCUGCUGCUAAGGAGCCUGCAAAUAGCGUAGUGGCUAGCAGUGGCAAGGAAGCCCAAACCAGUGCAGCAGCAGCUAUGGUGGAACAGACAGUGACAGCCACAGCAGCCGUUGCAGCUGGGAGCUUACCAACAGCGGUGGCAACAACAUUACAAAAACAACAACAACAACCGGAACCACAGCAAAAGCAACAAAAACAACAACAACCACAGCAGUUGAGUGCAACAGUCGAAGGUGUGCAACAGCAGCAGCAGCAGCCAACAAAAUUGUCACAGGCAACAACAACAACAAAAGACUUGCAGGUAACGUGCGAACGCAAUGGCAAACUGGAACCGAAUGAGUUGCACGCCGAGCAAGAGACUGAAACACGAACAGCUGAGCAGACAGCCACGUCUUCCAACACCAACAACAUAGCCGCCAACAAUAACAAUAACAACAAUAACAAUAACACUAACAGUAACAAUAACAGUGAAGUCACCAACAUGGAGUGUAGUGAGCUAAAAGCCACUGUUACUUCCAAGGCCACUCUGCAAACGGAAGUGCAAGAACAGGAGUGCGCAGUAGAGGACGCCGAGCCGACACUCACCGUCGCUGUAGAUGAUGUCAAUAAUAAAAUGCCACACACAACCGAUGCCACAAAAUCAUCGUCGAGAAUUGACGCCAUCAUGGCUGACGCUACCGCAGAUGAGCCGAUGGAGACAGAGGAAGAGCUGGAGGCUGUUACUAAGGAGGAAGUGCUCGCACAGAAACCUAAUGAGGUCUCAAUACCCACAGCAGUUGUUGAAGAAGACACAGCGACCGCCAACAACACUGAUGCUGGCGUUAACUCGGCUACAGCAACAGCAACAACUAAUAACAAUACCACUUCCAAUGAUCUCGUCACACCGACAAACGACGCUGUGGGCGCCGUCGAAGCCAACGGUAUUGAGAUUAACACCACCAACAACAUUGAUAUCGAGUUAGCGCCCGCAACUAUUACUGAGGCCAGCGAAAUUGUUUUGAUCACCAAUAAUGGUGUGUCCGAUGAUAAGACUGCACCCACAGGCGACGACGGUCUAACGAUCAGUUUAGAGACAACAGUUGCCGAGAUAGAUGGUGUCACAGACAUGGACACAGAUGUGGCUGAGGUCGCCGACGCUGUCGAUGGUGUGGUGGAUGCGGAUGGCUUGGAUGGCGCCGUCAUCGCCAUUGGCGUCGUCGAUAUUGGCGUUGGCGUCGAUGUGAAUGUAAUCACAGCCGAUGGCAACAACGCGACUGCGCAAAAUGCCGAAGUUGUACACGAAGAGAAUCUCUCCGCUGGCAAUUUGGUGGUUGCUGCACAAUCGCCGACACCAGCUGAUUUGGUGGCAGCAGCUGAUGCCGCUAUACUGUUGGCCAAGACGCAAUGUGAUGGUGGUGGUGCCGGUGAUGUUGCAGCCAGUAAACCUGCUCUAACCACCGAGGAGAUAACUAACUAAGCGGGUGGGGGUCAGAGAGAGAGAGAGAGCGGGCGUAGUGGUAGCACGAAAGAUUUGAGCAGAAAAGAAAAAAAAUGAAAAUAUUGCAGAAAUAGAAAAAGAUAGUAACGGUAUAAACAUUCACUUUGGCAGAUACAUACGUAUAUAUGAGAAAAACAAAAGAACACAAAACUAAGAAAAAAAAAAAAACAAAAUUGCGUUUACAUUUUAAGUACUUAACUAUGGUAGUAGCAGGUAAAGAUGAAAAUAAACUAAAAAAUAAAAACAAAAACAAAAAGCAGAUGAAGCAAGUGAUAUAAAAAGUAGAAAUAUAAAACGCGUAGAGAGCGCAGGCGGCGUACAUACAUUUAAACGCCAUUUCCUACAUGCAUUCAUACACAUUCUAACAUAAAUUAAUUUUUAACAAACACACAUACAAACAAAAAUAGUAGUAAACUGUACACAAAAUAGUACCAUUAGUUAAAAAGCCUUGCAAAUUAUAAUAAAUCGUCUAUGCGAGAAAUUUAAAAAAAAAAAUUGUAUUAAUUUUCUAUAUAUAAAAUCGGCUUUUGCUGCUAUUCAAAAUAAACUGAGUUCACACUCAUUGCAUUCCAA